CAAGGUAUAACAAAGAGAUUAAAAACAUAGUGCCUGAAAACAGGAGAGACACACAGAACACUCAAUGUUGUCAAGAUGUCUGCUUUCCCAACCUGAUCUAGAGAUUCAGUGCAAUACCAAUCUUAGAAAAAGAAUUGUGGGGUGAGAUUUCUGUUUUCAUUUUGUUGGGUAUGGUUGCUAAACUGGCUUCCAAAAAGUCCCUCCUACAAACUUCCAAUUCCCUCAUGUGUGAUCAAUUUGUAAACAUUGGUUAAUGUGACAGGUAAAAGUAUUCAUUUAAAUUUGCCCUUGUGUGGUGAUUGGACCCGUCAGGCAAUCUAGUUAUGUAUUUUUUUUGUUUUGUUUUUAAAAGGGGAAAAAAAAUAAUUGUUUGGCUGUGGUACAUAGGGGAAUCUUAUCCCACCAAGGAUGUAACCCACACCCUCUGCAGUGGAAAGGCGGAAUCUUAGCCACUGGACCACCAGGGAAGUCCCUGAUUUGAAUGUUUGAUCCAUCUGGAUUUUAUUUUGGUGUUAAGCGUGAGCCAACUUCUACUUUUCCAAAUGGCCGGCCAGUCGUCCUAACGUCGUUUGAUUGAAAAAAGACUGAAAAACCUUUCUCGGGGUUUGAAGAGACCACUCCACCAGCACGCUUCAAGCUAGCGCGUUUGCCGGGGCCCGCGCGGUCCAAGGACCCCUCGCCGGCAGGUUUCCGCGGCCCAUCUGCCCGGCCAGAUCCAGUCGGAGGAGGCGAAGGGAAGGCGGUGGAGUGGAUAUUCCGCUGCUGAGAACUAUUCCACUCCUACCAGCCGCCGACCAACCACUAACCCCCUUUCCCCACCCUUGCGCUCAGGACAACCCCCAGACACCACUACCGCGACUUCACCUCCACCCUCCGAGGACAAAACCCCCUGACCCACGUCGAGGAAGUCUCCCUUACCUCCCAUCUCCUCCCUCUCAGCUCCCACCCCCAACCCUAGUCCCUCCUCCCGGGUGGUCCCAGGAACGGGAGGGGACUUUCUACGAGGGUAAUUUAAAUAAAAGCCCAGAGGUGACACACGUGGUGAUGGAGGGGACGUCAGCGGAGGAGGCUGUCUGCUGGCAGGAGCACAAGACAUCGGCUCUUCCCCCAGGUUGUACCCGCCCAGCUCUUUUAGACAUAAGUUGGUUCACAGAGAGCAUGGCAGCUGGGCAGCCUGUGCCUGUGGAAUGCCGGCACCGCCUGGAGGUGGCUGUGCCCAAAAAGAAGAUGCCAAGCCCAGCAUGGAUGCUGCCCUAUGCCUGCCAGCGUCCCACACCCCUCGUGCACCAUAAUGCCAGUCUCUCGGAGGCUCUGGAGACGCUGGCAGAGGCUGCUGGCUUCGAUGGCAGUGAAGGCCGCCAGAUCGCCUUCUACAGAGCGGCCUCGGUGCUCAAGGCCCUCCCCAGCCCGGUCACAGCCCUGAGCCAGCUGCAGGGCCUGCCCCACUUCGGAGAACACUCCUGCAGGGUUGUCCAGGAACUGCUAGAACACGGAGUGUGUGAUGAGGUGGAGAGAGUCCGUCUCUCGGAGAGGUACCAGACCAUGAAGCUCUUCACUCAGAUCUUUGGGGUCGGGGUAAGGACUGCUGACCAGUGGUACCGAAAAGGGCUCCGGACGCUGGACGACCUCCGAGUGGAGUCCCAGAGACUAACCCAGCAGCAGAAAGCAGGACUCCAGCACCACCAGGACCUGAGUGCCCCGAUCCUGCAAUCAGAUGUUGAGGCCCUGCAGCAAGUGGUGGAGGCAGCUGUGAGGCAGGCCCUUCCUGGGGCUACUGUUACGCUGGCCGGAGGCUUCCGGAGGGGGAAAUUGCAGGGCCACGACGUGGACUUCCUCAUCACCCACCCGCAGGAGGGCCAGGAGGCAGGGCUGCUGCCCAGAGUGAUGUGCUACCUGAAGAAGCAGGGCCUUGUCCUGUACCACCAGCACCAGCACAGCCAGCAGGGCGACCUGACCCAGCAGAGCCACACCAUGGAUGCCUUUGAGAGGAGUUUCUGCAUUUUCCGCCUGCCGCAACCCCCAGGGGCUGCUGUAGGUGGCGCCCAGAAGCCCUGCUUCGCCUGGAAGGCUGUGCGGGUGGACCUGGUGGUUGCCCCUAUCAGCCAGUUCCCCUUUGCCCUGCUUGGCUGGACUGGCUCCAAGCAUUUUGAGCGGGAGCUACGCCGCUUCAGCAGGAAGGAGAGGGGCCUCUGUCUGAACAGCCAUGGUCUGUUUGAUCCGGAGCAGAAGACGGUUUUCCACGUGGCCUCAGAGGAAGACAUCUUCAGACUCCUGGACCUUGAGUACCUUCCCCCAGAGCAGAGAAAUGCCUGAUCCUAUCAACCCCACCUCUACUCUGGAAAUGGAGGGGGUCAUUUGAGCCAGACUCUAUUGGUGUUUUUGGCCCCUGACUGUUUCCAGGCAGAAGAUGUGCUGCUGCCCCAAGUCCUUACCCCUUCCAUGUGGGAGCCCUAUCUGUGAACCACCUCUCCCCCACCUAUACCCAGUUCAAGAUGUAAUGAAAUUAGCAUGUGGAACAAA